AUGGAUCCCUUGGGUGCCCCUUCCCAGUUUGUGGAUGUGGAUACGCUACCCAGCUGGGGCGACUCAUGUGAAGAUGAAUUAAAUACUUCCGAUACUGCAGCUGAAACAUUGCAAGAAAAUACUGUUAGAUCACCUUUUCUUUACAACAAGGAUAUCAGCGGGAAAGUGAUUCUUUGGAAAGGAGACGUGGCAUUACUGAACUGUACGGCCAUUGUGAAUACCAGCAAUGAAAGUCUUACAGAUAAGAACCCUGUGUCAGAGAGUAUCUUCAUGCUCGCAGGACCCGAUUUGAAGGAGGACCUCCAGAAACUUAAGGGUUGCCGGACAGGUGAAGCAAAAUUGACGAAAGGAUUUAAUCUAGCUGCCCGGUUCAUCAUUCACACAGUGGGACCUAAGUACAAGAGCCGCUAUCGCACCGCUGCUGAGAGCUCCCUGUACAGCUGCUACAGAAACGUGCUUCAGCUGGCAAAAGAGCAGUCAAUGUCAUCUGUGGGAUUCUGUGUCAUCAAUUCUGCAAAACGAGGUUAUCCUUUAGAAGAUGCAACACACAUAGCACUUCGCACUGUAAGGAGAUUCCUGGAGAUUCAUGGGGAGACCAUUGAAAAAGUAGUAUUUGCUGUCUCUGAACUUGAAGAGGCUACUUACCAAAAGCUGCUACCUCUGUACUUCCCAAGGUCAUUAAAGGAGGAAUGUCGAUCAUUGCCAUACCUACCUGCAGAUAUUGGAAAUGCAGAAGGGGAGCCUGUGGUACCUGAACGACAGAUUAGAAUAAGUGAAAAACCUGGUGCCCCGGAGGACAACCAAGAAGAGGAGGCUGAAGGCUUGGGAGUAGAUCUCUCUUUCAUCGGCUCUCAUGCUUUUGCUCGAAUGGAAGGAGAUAUUGAUAAGCAGAGAAGACUGAUCCUUCAGGGCCAGUUAUCAGAGGCAGCCCUGCAGAAGCAGCAUCAGAGAAAUUAUAAUCGCUGGUUGUGUCAAGCAAGAUCUGAGGAUCUAUCUGAUAUUGCUUCUCUAAAAGCCUUAUACCAAACAGGUGUUGAUAACUGUGGGCGCACAGUGAUGGUGGUAGUUGGAAGAAACAUUCCUGUCACAUUAAUAGAUAUGGACAAGGCUCUCUUAUAUUUCAUCCAUGUAAUGGAUCACAUUGCUGUGAAGGAAUAUGUAUUAGUAUAUUUUCACACACUGACCAGUGAAUACAAUCACCUGGACUCUGACUUCCUGAAGAAACUCUACGAUGUUGUUGAUGUCAAAUACAAGAGGAAUUUGAAGGCUGUUUAUUUUGUUCAUCCAACAUUUCGUUCAAAGGUAUCAACAUGGUUUUUUACCACCUUUUCUGUCUCAGGACUGAAGGACAAAAUCCACCAUGUGGACAGCCUCCACCAGCUAUUUUCUGCCAUAUCACCAGAACAGAUUGAUUUUCCACCUUUUGUCCUUGAAUAUGAUGCCAGGGAAAAUGGGCCUUACUAUACAUCUUAUCCCCCAUCACCAGAUUUGUGACCUGCCAUCCUUUAGCGCUACUGGUUUCCAGGGACGUCACUUUCUCCACGAAUUGCUACCUAUUGAAGUGAUAUUCAUUUUUGCUCUUCAGAUCCAGAGAGCCUUUUGUCCCCACCUCUCUGGUAUUUUUUUAUUGACUGUAUAUUUUCUGGCACAUAAGCAAUCUGAAAAUGGUAGGCCAUUCCGAACUGCAC